AUGGGCAACACCGCCUCCGUACCGCAAGACCCCUCGCGGAAGCUCGAAGUCAUCGACGCGGGCUUCUCGCGCACGGGGACCCUCUCGUUCGCCAUGGCUCUGGAGAAGUUGCUCGACGGCCCCGUCAUGCACGGCGGGACCCAGGUAUUCAACCGCGAAGAUGCCUACUGCAAGCAGAUCAGCCAGAUCUACGCACACCGCCGCGCGGGCGACCGCGCCCGCAUGCUCAAGUCCCUACAGGCCUGCAUCGCGGGCUUCGUAGGCUGCGCCGAUGUGCCCAUGCUGCACUUCAUACCAGAACUGCUGGAGCUGUACCCGGACGUCAAGGUAGUGCUGGUGACGCGCGACCCGGAGCGCUGGUGGCGCAGCUACUCGCUGUUCGGCGACAACUCGUCCGACUGGAGCUUGCGCCUCACGCAGGCCAUCCUGCUGCCGCUGCCGGGUGCGCGGUGGUUCCCUGCUACGGCGCGGGGGUAUCUGGAAGACCCAAUACGAACGCAUGGAAGGCCAGCGUCUAGCAAGGAGUUCAUAGAGGUCCACAACCAGUGGGUGCGCGACCUCGUGCCCAAGGACAGGCUGCUGGAGAUGGAUCUGGCCGACGGGUGGGAGCCCCUCUGCCAGUUCCUGGGCAAGCCUAUUCCCGAUGAGCCCUUCCCUCGGGCCAACGACAAGGACGCCAGGGACAGAUUCAUGCGGCGCGUCUUGAUCCAGGCUGGCAUGGCGUGGGUGGGCAUCUUCUCGGCUGCUGCCGUGGCUGGUUUUGGCGCAUGGGGGUUUUGGAAGGGGCCUUGA